AUGGCUGCAGUGCAUGCUACACUGCCCAUACCUCAAUUAUACGAAGAUCCCCCUCAGAUCGCAGGACCAUCAUCAGCUGCACAUUCAAUAUAUCCUCCAUCUUCUGCUCCACCAGCUCUUGGUCUCUUCAUUCCGAGUCUUUCAGUGCUGUCUCCGCAUGCUAAUGGCUCUUCGGACUUGUUAUCUUUACCAAGCCCACUGGCAUUUGAUUCUCGUGCACCCAGUCCCGCAAUUUCUGACAUCACGCUCCUUUCGCUUCCCUCGAAGCGCCAGCGCCUGACUUCAGGUCCAUAUCGCUCUGUUUCGCAGCCUGUCACUACUGGGUCUGUCUUGUCACCACUCGUCGGAGCUCAUUGGCCAACCAGCCAGACUUGGACUGAUGCUGACCAGGCAGAUUGGGAAACAGGGUUAGCGUGGGUAACUGUGAGUGCAGGAUUACCGCUACGAUGGGUUGAGAAUCCAGAGUGGUUGAAACUUUGUGAUAGAUUUAUUCCUCGAGCAAAAGCACCAUCAGCAAAGGUUCUCACGAAACGUGUCAUGCCUCAAGUUCUCCGCAGUAUCAAAGCCACUGUGAAAGAAGAAUGUCGUGGUGCAGUCGGAACUCUGCAAUGUGAUGGCUGGACUGGCGAGAAUAGCCAUCAUUUGAUUGGUUUUAUGAUGACUGUAAAACGAAAGUUACAUGCCGUCCGUGUUCACGAUGCAUCUGGUGACUCGCGCAAUGCCGAAGAACUCCUCAAACAGAUUAUCGAAUCAAUAAAUCAAGUCGAGAGCGAGUGGGGAGUCAUUAUUAUUGCAUGCACUACUGAUGCAUCUGGAGAGUCUUCUCACCAGUUUAACCUUAUUGUGGGGGAUCUCUUCAAAGCCAAGGAUGACUAUGGGCAGUAUGGUGACCUUGCACAAGAGUUAAUUACAUGGCUUCAUAGCAAAACCUAUGUUCUCGCACUCCUUCGUGAAUUGCAAAUGUCAACCAUGGGAAAGACAUUGAGCAUCAUUCGCGCUGUUCUCACUCGAUGGUUAUCACAUUAUUUAGCAUACCGACGACUUUUGGAUGUUCAGCCAUCACUAGAGCUAUUGAUAACAAAGCAUGAAGCAGAGAUACGAUCUACAGGUGAUGCUCGUCCACGAGCAAAGACCUCAGCUGCCAUUAUGACAAUAAAAAAUCCAACAUUCUGGCAUGCAAUGGCUCGAUGGAAAAAUCUUUUGGAACCAAUUGCGCUAAUGACGAAUAUUCACCAAGCUGCCCACUCGAAACCUGAACAUAUUCCAAUCUCGUUUGGGUUUCUUUACUACCGUUAUUCGAAAGUUGGUGACGAAACUGAUCUUGUGGCUCGAAAUGCGGUCCUAGAGAGUGCCGAGCGUCAAUGGGCUCAAAUUGAUCAAGAGGUCUUCAUUGCCGCCAUUAUCGUUGACCCACUCUACAAAGACAAACCAUUCAAAAAUAUUCCCCUGACAACACGUGCCGGGCUGAUGUCCCUUUUCAGUUGCCUCUGGACGCGUUUUUAUGGUGGUGUGCCACCACUCGAACUUUUUACAGAUCUCGAUAAUUAUUUGAAAAGUUCACCCGAGUUCCAGCCACUCGAUAUAUAUACACAGAUUUUAGUAUCUCGCGCAAAGGAACAGGGCACACCGGUUGAUCCUCUCGAUAUUUGGGAUGGAUUUUCACACAGCAGCUCCGAAAUCAAGCCCCUCCAGAAAAUUGCUCAGCGAAUUCUUUCAAUCUGUCCAAAUUCUGCUUCAUGCUCCGUCAAGAAGCGUCUCAAACGGCGCUACUGCCAGAAUACCACUGAGGCUAACCCUACAGAGGGUGACACAGAUGCCUUCGGCGAUGAUUCCCAGCAGACGAGCAAUGAAGUUCGUGAGCACAGAGGGAUACGGCAAAUUGCUGCACACUUGAUUCAAGCUGUCGAGGAUGAAGAGACAUUCACCAUCUCCGAGAUUACGGAGGCAGCUACCAAUCCGUCAGACUUCCAGCAAAUUCCUAUCAAGGAUCUCUUUGAUUUUUCUCGUGCUCAAGAUUGGCUAGGAUCCUUCUACCAAACAGCCAUACGAGGCUUAGAUGCGGAGGUUGAGUUAUAUGAGCUGUUGGAUUUGGAUGCCGAUGGUAUUGACGACCCAGAAUUUCCGCAGGCAGAUGAGAUUUUGGACGAGUAA